GCAGAUGUGAAGUUAUAUUCCUUGGCAAAGCGACUGGAUAACCUUGAGACGGCCAAAUGGGUGUACUUUUGCCAGUUGUGUUCUUGGUUCACGUGGUACUGCUGCACCAGGACCCUCACCAACACCAUGGAAGCAGUUCUCACCAUCUUUGCUCUUUGCUACUAUCCCAUGGAAAGCACCAAAACGGAAAUCAGCCGCUGCUACCUAGCCCUGGUUGCGCUGGCGUGCAUCAUCCGCCCAACGGCUGCCAUUCCCUGGGCUCCACUGCUGCUUUGGCACUUUGGGAAAGAGCCCAACAAGAGGCGCUUCCUCUGGGGUGCUUGCCUUCCAGUGGGACUAAUUGCUUUGGGAGGUUCGUUAGUAGUUGACAGGAUCUUUUUUGGCAAGUGGGUUGUGGUUCCCCUCAACUUUCUGAAAUUCAAUGUUCUGCAUGAGCUGUCCACCUUCUAUGGAUCCCACCCCUGGCACUGGUAUUUCACCCAGGGCUUGCCGGCGAUCCUCGGUCCCCACCUGCCUUUCUUCCUCCACGGCUGCUUCAGUGCCCCGAGGAAGCAUCGCGUGUUCUUGGUCGUUGUGCUUUGGACUGUGGCAGCCUACAGUGUUCUUCGCCACAAAGAAUUCCGAUUUAUCUACUCCAUCCUGCCCGUCUGCAUGCUCUUCUGUGGACAUUCUCUGGCUCAGCUGAAGAGGUGGAGAAGGGCUGCCGUCUCCUUCUUGCUGAGCUCCAACCUGCUCCUUGCCCUCUACACGGGUUUGGUCCAUCAGCGUGGCACUCUGGACGUGAUGGUCUACCUCCGGGAGCUCUGCAACCCUUUGGCCCGAGGGCAGGCAUCAUCCAUUCUCCUGCUGAUGCCCUGUCAUUCAACUCCUUUAUACAGCCAUAUUCACUGCCCACUGCAAGUGAGAUUUCUUCAGUGCCCUCCGGAUUUGAUGGGAAGAAGCAACUAUCUGGAUGAAGCUGACUUAUUUUACUCUCGCCCUCUCCUGUGGCUCCACAAAGAGUUCCCUAAUGCUACACAACUGCCCUCCCACUUGGUCUUCUUCAAUGUACUUGAGCAGGAAAUAUCAUCUUUUCUGAUUUCGAACAAAUAUGUAAAAGCUGCCACAUUCUUUCACACCCAUUUGCCUCAAGGACGAGUUGGAAGCCACAUCUAUGUGUUCAAAAAUUAUUUUGAAGAUUGAUGAAAGGGGUUUAAAGGAUGGGGGGGGGGGAUGGAGCUGACGCAAGAGGAACAGCAGCAGCAGCAGCAGCAGCGACCCCUGACCUGAAGUCUGUGGAGAAGGAGGAGAAGGAGGAGAAGUGUGCAUGGCUCUGGAGAGGUGGAAGGUGCCACCUUCCACAUGUUUUUUUGCAAAGGCGGCCUUAUCCUUCUGCUAAGAUUUCAGAUUUGCUCAGACUGUACGCAGCUAUGCAAACCUCUAUGAAUAGACAGUUUGGAACCAUCUUUUUAUUAUUUUUUUUACAAUGUACAGUUGUGCAAGAAAAUUUAAAAGCAAGAUGAUCAGAAAGAGGACACGCAAGAAAUCCCAUCAUGAUCAGGGUAAUUAAACAGCUAUCAAGAUGUG